CAUACAGCACUUGAUAUGUUUGCUUUAUUGACUUCAUUGUUUAUCUUGUUGGUGACUGUGAAAUAUCAUUUUGACCCAAACUCUUUUCGGUUUGGUAGGAUUUGAGUACUCUAUGCUGUAAUAUUUUGUUAAAUUAUACGUAAUUUUAUGUCUCAGAAAACGUCAGUUGGCUUCUAUAUGAAUGAGGAAUGCUAUAAUAAUUCACUGGAAUCUAAUGAUGUGUUUGAAAAAAAUAUUAGGUAUGUUGCCUUAACGAAUUAGCCAUCGCCAUGCAAUGUAUAAUGUUUAGAAAAAAAGAAGGGAGGGCUCCUUUAAUCCAGUCCUGGUGCUGGCUUCUUCAUAUUUCCACUGAUGUGGAUAUUUUGUUAACGUUAAGAUUGUAACCAAGUGGCAGAUUUGGCAGUAAGCUUACUGUAUAUUCUACAAUUCUUUUUACUGUAGUUGAACUUGAAGCAGUAUUUUAAAAAGGUCAGUUGCAACGAACUAAAGUAGCGUACUAACUGAACCUGUGGUUGUGUGGAGGUCGGCACUGACAGUCUCCAUGGUAGUUUCAAUCGCAAUGCAUCGAGCGGCUCCAUAGUCUGCAGGUUAGGUUUUAAGUUGUUUUAUAUUGCAACGAACACAACAUGUCAGUCGUCUGUCCCGUAGAGCAUUGUAAAGCAAGAUAUAAAGUUAGUCCAGUGAUCUUUAGACUAAGACUAGUACUAACGUGUUAUUCAUGGUAAUGCACCCCCUUGAUGUGUAUUUUGAACAUAUUAAGCAAAGCGGUUAUCAAGUUAAACAUAUUCUGAACACAAAUAGGAUGCUGUGUGGUCCAGUGGUUAAAGAAAAAGGCUUGUAACCAGCAGGUCCCCGGUUCAAAUCCUGACUCACUGUGUGACUGUGACUGAGCAAGUCACUUAAUGUCCUUGUGCCCCGUGAGACUUAAGUGACUGUAGCUGAUGCAUAGUUUACACACCCUAGUGUCUGUAAGUCGCCUUGGAUAAAGGCGUUUGCUAAAUAAACAAAUAAUAAUACAUUGACGUCAUUUCAAUUCAUCCAUUAUAACUGCUGAUACUUAAAAAAAAAAAAAAAAAAAAAAAAAAACAUUUCUGUUAACUAUUCUCAUCAACAACUAUUCACUCAGGUACUGAAUGUCCUUGCAAUGAGUGUUAUAGAAAUACUUGAGUUAGUACAGAUCUAAGGAGUCAGAUUAAAAGUUUGUUACCAGAAGGGAUUCAGUUUUUCACAAGUACACACGUCACUAAACAGGAAUGUACAUGGGCGUCUCCACUGGAAGAGUUGCAGGUGACAGAGCGGGGUGGGUGCACAGGGAGGGAGCGCACACUGUCGCCUCUGGUGGUGUUCGAUGCUCCCAGCAAUGCCUGGACUCAUACCCGCAACUGGCGCCCUGGGGACUGGACUGUAACCUGGCCACAUCACCCAGGGUCAGCGACAUGCAGAGGCACCUCCAUCGCAGUGUCUUCAUGACCUUCCUCAUGAUGGCUACUCACAAGGAGUCCAGGGAACAUUUCAUCUCUCCUGCUGUAUUUGUAGGGAUUAUUUACAAUAACUUCCUGUUCGACAUCCCCAAGAUCCUGGACCUGUGUGUGCUGUUUGGAAAAGGGAAUGAAACACUUCUGCACAAAAUGAUUGAAAACAUCUUCACUCAGCAGCCUGGUUACUACAGCGACCUUGAUGAGACUGUGCCCACAAUACUACAGGUGCUGGACACUAUCCUGCAGAAGUGUGGGCUGCAGACAGAAGGAGCCUCCUAUGGGCAGCCCCUGAAGCUGGGGGCACAGAGUUCUCCUGGACCCAUGGACAUGAGCGUGAAGGACUUGGUAGAUCUGGUGCUGUACCUGUGUGACACCUACACCACUCUCUACUCCUUCCUGGACAUCUUCCCACCCGCCAGCACCACCUUCCAAAAACACAGCUUCCUUCUCCGGCUGGCUUCUUUUUAUGAGCUUUGUGUUCCUGAGCUUGAGAAUGCGGUGAGGAAGAGAAAGUUUGAAGAGAAAAGCCUGCAGGAGGACCUGUGGAGGAGGGUCUCUCACUCACACAUGAAGAUGGUUGAAAUAGACCACCUCCUGAUCAACCACACCUGUCUGCAGCCCAUUCUGGAGAACAACUCAGAGAAUAUCCAAGUGUUUGUUGAAGAUUUCCUGCAGAUCUUCACAGCUCUCCUUCAGGAAAAGAGGGGAUUGACUGUGCCUGGGAGAGCCUGGGGGAGGAAGAAGCACAGCCUGCCUCCUAUCCGCUCAACCCCGGCUCCAGAGCUGAGCAGCAAGGCGUGCUCUGAGAGAGAGGGGCCUGAGGGAGCCACAGGUGGGACUGAAGCCCAGCAGGAAACCUACAGUGAGGAUUAUGCAGGGGGAGAGCGCCCGCGCCCUGGUGAAUAACAAGCAGCACGUGGAGGAGCAGAGGGAGCGCUAUUGAGCCUACGAGGUGCUGAUGGAGGAAGUGCACGUGGGGGAGGGGGAGGAGGGCGGAGCUGCGUUCUACCGUGAAGACUACGAUGAUGAAUAGGAUGACACGUACGAUGGCGGACAGGUGGGAGCUGCUGGCCUGGAGGCGAGUUCAAACAGCUUCAGCUGGGGCACUGCAUUCCACUGCCCAGUGAUUCUACAGGCUCUAUACUAUACUCAACUAGCCCUUCACCGCCCCGCAGGAACUGUAUGACGGGAGGGAAGAGGAGGAGCUGAAGGAAGAGAGGGAUGAUGAAGAGGAGGAAGAGGAGAAGGUACAGAUUUACUUUUCACAGAUAGGAGAGAUGCUACAGAGGUCUGGACUACAGGAACAGCAUGUGAAGAGAGAGCGCAGAGCAAUACACUAGAGCAGGUUACGUUUCUUAUUGUUAUGUCAUACUGGGAGGCAGACUGCCUUACAAAAUUAAAUUGUAAAUCUCUUUUUUUACACCCAUACUAAAAAGGGCUGUUGACUGCAUGAGCCAUUAACUUAAUAAAGCAACCAAUAGCUAAAAUUACCCUAGUGCAAUACAUUCAUAGGUACCUUUUUCUGUCAUAUAAUAGGAGUUCACUUCCUUCUAGUGGUGCAGGUAAUAGGACUCCCCCUGACCCUCAGUUUCCUAUGGGCAGCUUAGAAUGCAAGUCCCGUAGUGAAAUAGUUUGAAAAAGCAAAGUCAACAGAAGUUCAUGACUAGUGAGAAAGGCUGCCAUCUGUACAUGUGGAAGCAUCUGCUUUUAACAUUGGUGAUAGAUCCAUAAGUUGUAAGCUAACAUGGAGCCACAGACAAGUCAGUACAAUUGAUAUCUUUGGUUUGAUUUUGUUUUGUGUGGCAGGCACACUGGCUCAGUGAAAUUAUGGUUCAUUACUAAAUAACCCAUCCUUGUUUCAUGAAAGAUUAGAUGUACUUGUGUGCCAGUUUAUCUGUGUUAAAGAACUACUGCUUCAACGCUGAAUCAGGAUCCGAGCCCUUCUCACCAAAUGAAUACUCUGACGCAUACAUGUGGAAAGUAAAUCUAGAGAUUGUCUUGCUUGUUUUUCAACGGUUUUAAGGGAAUUAUUUUAUUUAAGUUUUCUUUCACAUGACACUACAAUCUCUGUAAAUUGAAAAUCCAUAAUUAUAAAAUAAUAAUAAAAAACAUUUUAUUUAAAGGUGUGUUCUUGCUAAAAUAGUUUUGCUAUCCUUCUGCAGUGUGGAAGUGCUGAUGGAAUAGAAAGGGCAUAAAAAUUAUUAGAUAAAAAUGUGCCUUUCUGCAUCUACUCCCACCACACUGCUUACCAAACGAGGAGGACUGUUCAAUCCCCAUACUGUUAGCUAUUGGGUUAUUAUUAUUAUUAUUUAUUUAUUUAUUUAUUUAUUUAUUUAUUUAUUUAUUUAUUGAUAAAUUUGGA